CUGGCCAGUCCAUCGGUCUUAUUAAAGUAAAAGCACUCUUACUCUGGGACUUACCGCCCAGCAGAUCCUCUAUUCAGCUAACUACAGGAAAGGUCCUCACCGGCCUUUUUCGCACAAGAGAAUUGCGCAAAGGCGCAAAAAUGACUCUCCCGCUGAGCUGCGAGCUUAGCUGCGAGCUCUUGCCAAAGUGAAUCCGAAAUGGAUGCGUCCGAGGCUUCUACGCAUCGCAAGAGCCCAAAGAGGCGGGGGAGGAAGAGCACAGUUCUUGCCCGGUUCAAAGAGGCAUUCUCCGACGUCCUUACGGAUCUGGAAGACGACGGCGUUGCCUGCGACGUCUGCGGCAGAUCCGACAGCUGGGACGAAGACGGUGAGUGUUUUAAGUGACACUGCUUCCACUUCACCCCCUGGCACUGUGCGAGUUUGUCGUGUUGUGUUGUGUUUGGUUGCUGCGCUGAUCAGUCAUUCUACUGUGCGACGGGUGCGAUGCAGCUGCACACAUGCGGUGCUAUGGCAUCUCCCAGGAGGAUGCCGACGCCGAUCAGUUCUUUUGUGCGUUUUGCAAAAGGCUGAGGGAGGACCCAACGACCUGCGGGCAGAGGGAGUGUGUGGUGUGCCCGCGGAAGAACGGCAUGAUGGUGCCGACUGAGGACGGCCGGUGGACUCACGUCAUGUGUGCCGUCUGGUGAAUGAAAAAAGGAAACAAAGAGGCGAGUAGAAAGGCGCCCAGCUCGUGACUGUUGCGUUGCGCGUUGCCUUGUGUGUGUGUCAGGGUGCCCGAGAUGAUGGUUGAUGUCACCAAGAAGAGGGGCAGCGGCAUCGCCAACAUCCAGCCCGCCCGCUUCACGGCAGCCUGUCAGAUCUGCAAGGAGGAGGGCAUCGGCGCCAUCGUCCAGUGCGCCGCCCCCAAAUGCUUCGCAACGUUCCACCCCAUCUGCGGCCGCCUCAUGGGGUCAGUGGGCUUUUGCAAUGGCGAUGUCUCUGUUGCAUUGUGUGUGUGUCCUCCGUCCAUUCCUUCAGUUGGGGCCUUGAUUUGGUUAUCCAGCUGGGCGCUGAGGGCACUGAGGCAGACGAGGGGGGCGAGGGCGACUACAAGGCCUAUUGCCACAGACACGCAUCGCUCGUCUACGCCCCCCACACGGCAGCGGCAGCAGCAGCGGCGGAGGAGAUCUUCAUUCCCCUCGAGCACCGGUCCACCGCCAAGAAACACGCCCUGCUAAGAGUAUCCCAUCUUCUGCGCCGCAACAGGACGAUAUGCAACGAGGUCCACAAGCUGCACCAAGAGGGGACGCCGUGGGCUCUGCUGACGAGCGAGCGGCUGCUGUUUGAGUGCCACAAGAACCUGGCGGCCGUCAGCCGCGAGUGGGCGACCCUGCAGAGGACACAGCCGCCGAAAGUGACGGCCAUCCCUGAUCUGAUUGGUCAAGAAGAUGACGGGGAGCAGCGAGAUGGAGAGGGAGAGUCAGAUGAGGCGGUGGAUGAGAGGGGAACAGGCGACAUGGUAGCCGACAUGGAUGAGGUGACUGUUGCCAAUGGGACCAGAAAGGCCGUGAUAGACAAAGCAACGAAGAGCAUCGCUCCUUGAUCAGUCCGUGUGUUGAGGUCGUUCGUUCAACCGUG